UUAUAAAACCAGUCAGUCUGCACCGUGAGCCUCAUUCCUACACAUCGACCGAGCCCGAAAUUCCAAGACACUCUCACUGCACCUAGCAUUAACAUGAAGAAGAUCAUCACUGUGUUUGGAGCCACAGGUGCCCAAGGCGGCUCGGUAGCGAAAGCUCUCUUGAAGGAUGGUACCUUCAUUGUCAGAGCUGUGACCCGGGACACCAGUAAGCCGGCAGCCCUGAAGUUGAAAGAGGCCGGGGCAGAGGUGGUGGCUGCAGAUAUGGAUGACAAAAAGAGUUUAGAGGCUGCUCUCAGCAAAGCCUACGGAGCUUUUAUUGUCACCAAUUUCUGGGAGCAUUUCAGCAAAGAAAAGGAGAUUGCACAGGGCAAAUUGAUCGCGGAUUUGUCCAAAAAACUGGACCUCAAACACGUGGUCUAUAGUGGCUUGGAAAAUGUGAAGAAAUUGACAGGAGACAAGCUGGAAGUCUUGCAUUUUGAUGGCAAAGGAGAGAUAGAGGAAUACUUCAGGGCCAUUGGAGUCCCGAUGACCAGUGUUAGACUUGCAUUUUACUAUGAGAACUUCCUGACAUCCAAACCCAUAAAAUCAGCAGAUGGGAAGACCUAUGAGCUGAACAUCCCAAUGUGUGAUGUCCCAAUGGAUGGCAUAUCUGUGGCUGAUCUGGGUCCUGUUGUGGUCAGCAUCCUGAAGUGCCCAUCAGAAUACAUCGGAAAGGAUAUCGGACUUAGUGCGGAGAAGCUAACCGUGGAGCAGUAUGCUGCCAUCAUGUCCAAGGUCACAGGCAAGACCAUUAAAGACGCUAAGAUUUCUCCUGAUCAGUAUGAGAAAUUGGGAUUCCCAGGAGCGGGAGAGAUGGCAAACAUGUUCCGAUUUUACCUGUUGAAGCCUGAUCGGGAUGAGAAGCUCACACACAAACUCAACCCCCAAACCAAGACAUUCAAGCAAUGGUUUGAAGAGAAGAAAGAGGCGUACAAAGAUUUGUAACCAACGCUCGAAACCGGUCAAAGUAUUUUACAAACAAGCUCUUAGGACGUCCUUUGGUAGAGACAGCUUUUCUAUUUACCAAGGAACGAUUAUGGGGAGAUUGCCACCUAAACUAGUAGUAGAUUUGUGUGAAUUAUCAAAAAUAAAGAACUUGGACUUAGAAUUAACCCUGUUCUGCCCUGACCAUUGUGGACUACAAACUAAUGGGUAACAGUUAUGUUAAAACCUUGAAGGAGGUGUUUAAA